GCGACUCACCAGUCAUCAGUUGCUAGUGAUAGUGAUUUCGAUUUUCCAGAAAGCAAUGAAAAUCAGCUUCCAACACAAAAAGUUAAAGCGUCAAAAAACAUUUAAGUCUGGCUGUUCAGAAAUAGCAACAGAGUUCGACAGAGACAAGCUUCUAUUAGCUACAACACCUGUUAGUGUUAGAUGUGGAAUUAGCAUUCGCUCACAAACAAUGUUUCUAGUAGCUGUUAUCAAAGCUUUAGGGGGAAAUGUUCAUGAUUUAAAUAUAUUUAGAGGCUCAAUAGCUAGAAGUAGAUUCAAUUAUAUUGAAGAUUUAGGAGCCACAAUCAGAUCAAGCCGUUAUGAAGAAAGUUGGGAAAGAAUUUGAUUUGCACUUUGACAGUAAGUUGGUAAAAGAAAUAGAGGAAAAGUUAAAAAUUAAAGUUAAAAAGGAAAGGGUUGCAAUAUAUGUUACCAGUCCUGAAUUUAUUACAAAAGAUGAUUGUCUACUUAGAAAUAUAGCUGUAAAGAACAAUAAAGGAAAAGAUCACUAUUAUUAUUCAAAACAUUUUAGAGUAUUUUGAAAUAGCUGAUAAUAUAAUUGGAGUAUGUACUGAUACUACAUCAAGUAAUACAGGUAGACUAAAUGGAGCUAUAAUAAUUAUUAGUAGAAUUCUUAAGUGUUUGUUUUGAUUCAUAUGUCAUCACCACAUAUAUGAUCUCCAUAUGACUCAUGCAGUACAGGCUAUCACUAAAGUUAAAUCUAAGGGUCCAAGCAAGUCUAUGUACUUAGCUUUCCAAAGACACUAGGAAACUUCUCAUGAAUCUGUAAAUUCAAGAACUCCAGAACUGAAAAAAUUUGAUUGGAACAAGCUAGAAAUAGGUAGCAGGCUUUACAUCUUGGCGCUAGCAGCUAAAGAUUAUGCGAAGUGUUUGUAGGAGAAUAAAAUUUUUCCAAGAAAUAACUAUAAUCACCUUGUAAAAUAUAUGGCUUUUUAAUCUUGGCGUUAAUCUGAUAAGCUUAAUAAAUUUAAAAUUCAUCAACCUAGAGCUUGCCACAAAGCAAGAUUCAUGGCUUAUGCUUUGUAUAUUCUUACACUAGAAAUGACAUCUACUAUAACCUUUUUACCUGAUAAAAAUAAAAUUGAAACAUGUGCCUUUAUUGUUGCUGUUUUUUAUUU